UGGAGAAUCUGAAUUCAAAUUCCCGCUAACGGAUAAAAUAUUCAAACUUGAAAAAGAAAAAUAAUCCCUCCAAUCCUAAAACCACGUCGUUUUGAAAUUGAAUUCAACCCCCGUCCACCCGCCAAAGUCAACAAUCUCUCAUCUCCCUUCUUAACGGUCUCUUCGUCACCCCUUUCCCCCCCUCUCUCUCCAACCUUCAUCUGGUACCAGUGAAAGUUGAAUCCACCCGAUCCAGUUGGAAAAUGACAUUAUCUUCUUCUACGAUUCAAGAAUCCGCAUCUCACCAUCGCACUUACAGUAGAAAGCAAAAAUCUCUGGGUCUCUUAUGUUCUAAUUUCUUGAGCUUGUACAAUCGGGAUGGGGUGGAACCGAUUGGGCUCGAUGAUGCCGCAAGCCGACUAGGAGUUGAGAGGCGUCGGAUCUAUGACAUUGUCAAUGUUCUUGAAAGCGUUGGAGUUCUUGCAAGAAAAGCAAAAAAUCAGUAUUCUUGGAAAGGGUUUGGGGCAAUUCCUAAGGCCCUAGAAGAACUUAGGGAAGAAGGUUUAAGGGAGAAUUUCCAUACCUUUGACAGCAACAACUCUGCUAAAAUCUCAGAUGACGAAGAUGAAAGAUUUUCCAAUCCUAACACUGGGAGCCAGCAAGACAAAUCAAACCCUAACAACAGAAGAGAAAAAUCACUGGGACUUCUUACACAGAAUUUUGUGAAGCUAUUUCUCUGCUCUAAUGUGGAUUUGAUUUCCCUUGAAGAAGCUGCAAGGAUAUUGCUUGGGGAUGGCCAGAACUCCUCAAUAAUGAGAAAUAACUCUGCAGCAAAAGUUAGACGGUUAUAUGAUAUUGCAAAUGUGCUGUCUUCCAUGAAUCUCAUUGAAAAGACUAAUCAGACGGAAAACAGGAAGCCUGCAUUCAGGUGGUUGGGGAUGAGAGGAAAAUCAGAGAAUGGAUCUUUUAGUGUUUUGAAUCUUAAUGAGUCUAAGAAAAGGACAUUUGGUACUGAAAUUACAAACAUCAGCUUUAAAAGGAACAAGAUGGCUUCUUCAGUUGAGGGGAAUUCAAACCAGAAUACAAAGAUGCAAUGGCAAAUGCAAGUAAAGCAUGAGAGUUUGGAAAAUGGGAUUGAAAGAAGUGAUGUUGAGAAGGGUCCAAAGCAAAGUUCAAAAAGUUACCAGUUUGGUCCUUUUGCUCCAGUUAGUGUUCAAGACACUGUGAGACAGGUUCGUGAUUGGGAAAGUCUUGCAUCUACAUAUCGUCCUCAGUACCACAGCCAAGCAUUAAGAGACCUCUUUGCUCAUUACAUGGAAGCUUGGAAAACAUGGUACUCUGAAGUUGCUGGGAAGGAGCCAAUACAGAUUUCUUGAUGCUUCUUCCUUCCAUUCAGCUCUUCUUCACAACCGAGUACACAACCACAGCAUUAACUGUCAUUCAUUUUUUUUUUUUUACAAAAAAAAAUUAUGGAAAAGAUGAGAUGUCUUUGUGUUGGAUGUAUAUUCUCUAUGCACCAACUAGAAUGGCUGUCCUCGAGAGGCUUUAUGCAAGAGUGUUUGUUCUUGAGGACAUCCUUAAGAGAUACACUAAAUUAUUUUUUUUCUUUUUCUGCUAAAGUAAUUUUAACACAUGAUUUGGGAUAUGUUCUCUAUGUCUUUCGAGUUUACACUGACCAUAAAUGACAAUCUUUAAUG